AUGGCGGCUGAGCCGGCCAAGGGCGAGGCAGCGCCGCUGCUGGCGCGGGAGGAUUCCAAGGGGCGUGGAGGUGCAGCCAGGGGAGGAGCGACGUGGGCGCAGACGCUGGGCAACGUCGUCGUCUCCAUCGUCGGCACGGGGGUGCUCGGCCUGCCCUACGCCUUCCGCGCCGCCGGCUGGGUCGCGGGAUCCAUCGGCGUCGCCGCCGCCGGCUUCGCCACGCUCUACUGCAUGCUCCUCCUCGUGGACUGUAGAGAUAAAUUGCAAAAGGAAGAAACUGAGGAACCAUGUGAUGUUCACUAUACAUAUGGAGAUUUGGGUGACAAGUGCUUUGGGACUGUAGGCCGAUGCUUGACAGAGAUUCUUAUCCUUGUUUCGCAAGCUGGUGGAUCUGUAGCUUACCUAGUAUUCAUUGGCGAAAAUCUCCAUUCCAUGUUUAGCCAGUCGAUGUCAUCAGCUGGCUUCAUCUUCGCCGUCCUCCUGCCUGUGCAAAUUGCAUUAUCCUUCAUCCGUUCACUGUCUUCUCUUUCACCAUUCAGUAUAUUUGCUGAUGUAUGCAAUGUCCUAGCGAUGGCAAUGGUUAUCAGAAAAGAUCUUCAACUAAUUGAUCAUCCAUUUGCAAAUAGAAGUGCUUUUAAUGGAGUUACGGCGAUACCUUUUGCUUUUGGGGUUGCAGUCUUCUGCUUUGAAGGAUUCAGCAUGACAUUGGCACUAGAAUCAUCAAUGGCGGAACGGAGAAAGUUUCGUUGGGUACUUUCUCAAGCAGUUGUGGGCAUCAUAUUUGUGUAUUCAUGUUUUGGAAUAUGUGGGUAUUUGGCCUAUGGUGAGGCUACUAUGGACAUCAUAACACUUAAUCUUCCAAAUAGUUGGUCAUCUGCCGCAGUUAAGGUUGGCCUAUGCAUUGCACUAGCAUUCACAUUCCCUGUUAUGAUGCACCCAAUCCACGAGAUAGUGGAGGAUAGGUUCAGAUCAAGUGGAUGCUUCCAGAAGCUUUCCAACAGUGUUCCUGGUGCUGAAUGGCUAGGCCUGCACUCGAGCCGCAUCUUCACAGUGACCAUCCUCGCUGUGGUGGCAUCCUUCGUACCUGAAUUCGGAUCAUUUGUCUCCUUUGUAGGGAGCACAAUGUGUGCUCUGCUCUCCUUUGUGCUGCCUACCUUGUUCCACCUCAACAUCGUUGGCUCGUCAAUGAGCCUGUGGCAAAGGGUGUUGGACUACAGUUUCCUUAUCUUUGGCCUGGGUUUUGCUGGCUAUGGAGUCUUCACUACUCUCGUCACACUGACAGAUUAAUUGGCGACUACCAAAAUGUAUAAAGUAGGGGUUGAUUUUUUAUAAAGACAUGGCUGGACAGAAGUAUCUGGGAUCCUGAGACGGCAGGCAUCACAUCAGAUAGCUUUGAUGUUCCCAGCUGAUUAUUCGUGGCCUUGGUCUGGAUUGUUAGGUAGUGGUGUAGUUUAUUUGUAUCUUUAUCUUAUGAUGACUUCAGAUCUAUUUCAAUAUUUUUCAUGUUCAUAGAAGGCAUAGUACAGUCCAUUAUGUUCAUCGUGGGUUGGUUGUGAUUCUGAUCUGCUUGUUGUCAGCAUGUGUUUCUUAAUUUGACAGUUGUAUGAUAAGAAGGUAUAUUGCCCAAUCAAAUGUAAUUUUCCUUGUGAGCAAAGAGGAUCCAGAUCUUGUA